CACUUGCACACACUGAGUACCUGUGUACUCAGUACGUCAGCGUGCACAUCCUCUGUGAGUCCCGGGCCUUCCCACUUUCAAAGUCUUCUUCCGCACAUGUAGACUUUAGUGCUUCUUUGUGGUCUCUCUCCAAUAUGCCUUAUGAAGAAAACAGAACUGGACAAUCGCUAACUAUGGACAUGGUUGACGACUGGGACAUCUGGGACCUUCUCGAGAAUGUGACCUACAACCCAGAUGAUGUUGUCAGUGAAAGUGUCAAACUCUGCAGGAAGUCAAAUGUCAAUGAUUUUGGCUCCAAAUUCAACCCGGCUUUCUGCUAUGUCAAUUUCUUCCUGAGUUACCUUGGUAAUGGUCUCGUCCUCUACAUCCUUUACAAGUAUGAGAAGCUCAACUCAGUGACAAACAUUUUCUUGCUCAAUCUGGUUCUCUCCAACAUCCUGUUUGCCACCAGUCUCCCAUUUUGGGCAACUUAUCAUCUGUCUGAGUGGAUUUUCGGAGAUAUUUUAUGCAAGUUGGUCAGCAGCGCCUACUUCAUCGGUUUCUACAGCUCCAUCCUGUUUCUCACGCUCAUGACAUUCGACCGAUACCUUGCAGUAGUUCAUGCGGUGGCAGCUGCUAAGAGCAGAAAGAAGAGCUAUGCUUUUAUUUCUUCUGUAGUGGUUUGGUGCAUCAGUAUUAUAGCCAGUGUGAAAGAACUGGUUUUCCAAAAGGUGUGGAAGAGUAAUUCCAACGGGCUAGUGUGUGAGGAGUCAGGAUACUCUGAAAGCACCAUGGCAUUGUGGCGUCUGGUCACUUAUUAUCAACAAUUUCUGGUGUUCUUCCUCCUCCCUUUGUUCAUGGUAAGCUACUGCUACAUCAGCAUCACUGUCCGCAUCAUGUCCACUCGAAUGAGGGACAAAUGUCGUGCCAUUAAGCUUAUAUUCAUCAUCAUCUUUACCUUCUUCCUCUGCUGGACCCCCUACAAUGUCGUCAUCCUGCUUCGAGCCAUACAAAGCUCCAGUCCGAAUGUCGAUUGCGCUUACUCAGACAAGCUGGACUAUGCGUUGUUUGCGACCCGCAAUGUAGCCUACCUUUAUUGUUGUAUCAGUCCAGUGUUUUACACAUUUGUGGGUAAAAAGUUUCAGAGCCACUUUAAAAGGCUGCUUGCUAAGAAAAUCCCUUGUCUCAGGAGACACCUGAGUCUCACCAGCCAGAGUACACGAAGCACAUCACAGAAGACACCACAUUCUGAUUAUGAGAACUAGAGAAACCCAUUCAACUACAUGCUGUAACUAGAAAUCUGAGGGAAAUAAUACAUUUAAAGUUGCAAGUUAAUGUUAAAACAAAAUUAUGAAACUGUUACCAUGAAAAAGUAUAUUUUAUUGAUGGUGUUGAAUUAGGAUGUUGAUGAUGAUGAAGUCUUUGUGAUGCUGCACUUUCUGGAUAAAGUACACUUUUUGUUGA